GCACGGCUGCCCCGGCCGCUGCAGCCUCCCGCUCCCCGGGAAGUGCCCUGUCCCCUGGGAAGCCCCAUGUCCCCUGGGAAGUCCUGUGUCCCCUGAGAAGCACAGUGUCCCCUGGGAAGUGCCCUGUCCCCCGGGAAGCGCCGUGUCCCCGGGGGGAUGCGGAGCCACCCAGCGCCUGGCCCAGCAGAGCAGGUGUGCUGGGACUCCUCAGCCUCACCCGAGUGCCACUGGUUCUGUCACUGGUUCUGUCACUGGUUCUGGCCUCAGACACGGGAGUGCUCUGCAGGCUGUGGGUCUGGCAGUGCUGCUGUGUGGGGAGGGCAGGGGCAGCUCUGGGGAGGAGAGAGGGAAGGACCACGGGGAGGGAGUGGAUUUGCAAGCUCUAAGUGAGGAAAAUGGACAGAUUUACCCCACUGCAGGAGUCACCCGGCUCCUGGUCGCUGAAUGCACUGGGUCCUGGCUCCCUUGGCAAGCGAGCUCCGGUGAGGAGUGCUUGAGCCAUGUCUCAGCCUGGGCAGGGGUGGGUGUGAGUGCCACGCUGCCCUGUGCCUGGCCUGGCUGUCACGGUGCUGUCACUCUUCCCGACGCUGGGGAUUUGGGAGCUCUGUGGGCCUGUCAUGCGGAGCUGGAGGAGGCAGGAUGGGGCAGGACGGGCGAGGGGGCAGUUCUGGAGCACGGGCUCGCUCUCAGGGGCAGUUCCUCUGCAGGCUGAGCGCCGGCUGCAGCUGGGGAUGGCUCCGCUGUCACCUGUGCUGGGCCCCGGUAGGCGCCGGGCCCUGGGGCCAGCAGCUCCCCGCUGCCCUCCGUAGCUCCACGGCAGCCAUGGAGCAGCCCGCCCGUGUGCCCGGGCCGCGCCGGCUGCUGGGCUGCUUCAGGCGGAGGCCGCACGCCCUCGGGGGGCAGACACCGCCGGAGCCGCAGCCGCAGCCGCCCGAGGAGACCCGCGUGGUGCUGGCCCUGGGCGAGGGCCCGGCGCUGGAGGAGUGUCCCCUGUGCCUGCUGCCGCAGCCGCCCGAGGCCUUCCCCAGGCUGGCGUGCUGCUCGCACCGCUCCUGCCGGGCCUGCCUGCAGCAGUACCUGUGCCUGGCCGUGCGCGAGAGCCGCGUGCCCGUGUCCUGCCCGCACUGCCCCGCCGCGCUGCAGCCCCACGACGUGCACCGCCUCCUCCCCGAGCCCGCCCUCCGCGACAAGUACGAGGAGUUCCUGCUGCGCCGGCUGCUGGUGGCUGACCCCGGCACCCGCUGGUGCCCCGCGCCUGACUGCAGCUACGCUGUCUUUGCCCAUGGCUGUGCUGAGUGUCCCCGCCUCACCUGUGGGCGUGAGGGCUGUGGCACCGAGUUCUGCUACCACUGCCGGCAGCCCUGGCACCCUGACGGCCCCUGUGCACCCGUGCCACCGACCCCCAGCCUGGCCACCCCCACAGCACAGCCAGAGGAGAUGACCCACGCUGAGGCCGAGGACAUCAAGGUCUGUCCUCGCUGCAGCGCCUUCAUCAUGAAGAUCAACGAUGGGAGCUGCAACCGCAUGAACUGCACGGUCUGUGGCUGCCUCUUCUGUUGGCUCUGCCUGCAGGAGAUCUCUGACGUGCACUUCCUGAGCCCCUCUGGCUGCACCUUCUGGGGGAAGAGGCCGUGGUCACGGACCCGGAGGAUCCUGUGGCAGCUGGGCAUGGUGCUGGGGGCACCCAUGGUCAUCUCCCUUGCGGCGGGUGUUGCUGUCCCUGUCAUCACCAUUGGGAUCCCCAUCUACAUGGGUAGGAAGGUGCUGGGCCAGAGCCGGCGAAGCAGCCUGUCCGGGUGCCAGCAGUGCCUCUCUGUCACCAGCAGCGUCCUCCUGUCGCUCGUUGUGUCCCCGAUCAUAACAGCUCUCACUGUGGUGAAUGAGCUGUGGUCGGUGCUGCCCAGCCCCAGAGCGGGCGAGGACGGAGCUCCAGACCCCGCUGCCUCCCUGCCCAGCAGCAGCCGCAGCGCGCGCCCAGGGCCGCUGUGGCCAGAAGGGGACAGCCAGUCAGCCAGCACAGUGGCCCUGGCAGGGAGCAUGCUGAGCGAGGGCCAGGACGCCUCUGACAGGCCAGUGUCUGUCUGCAGGGAAGGUGUGACCAUCGAGGUGGAGGUGUCGGUGGAAGCAGUGCCACGUUCUGCCCGGCAGCAGAGCCUCAGCAGUGCCCUGUCUGGGCAGAGCCUCUCUGGGGACUCCCUGGGAGGCACCAGUGACAAGGGCAGCUCCGUGGGUGUCCCUGUGGAGUGAUGGGGGCCCGAGGGGGAGAGUCAUGAUCCACACACAGGCCCUGUGCCCUCCUGUGGCAGAGCCAGUCCCCCUCUGCCAGCACACCCAGCCCUGGGAGCUGGGUCCUGGGUGGGUGCCAGCUGCACCCAGCACUGCUGCACCCUGCACUAGCCCUGCCUGCCCCUUUCCCAGAGGCACCGCUAGGAAAUAAAGCUGCUUUCUGAGGGUC